AUGGGCAUGCGACUGGUCUCACAACGGGUCGAGAUAAGUGAGCGAGUGGCUCAAGGCUUCCAAAGCAGAUGUCAUACUACCGCUUGCCUUGUAAAGUUACACAAGACACGGGCUUACUACGUCUUGAAGGUCUAUGGUGGUUAUCAGAAGCUGUUUCUGAGAUUCCAUGUGGGUUUUCCGGCUGGGAGUGUUCACCAAAGUAGCUUGAGGACGUUCUCAAGCAGGCCGUCGCAUACUCUCGCGGAAGGGCCCAAGGGGCCAUGCUGCUCAGGCGCCAUCACAGACGCGCCUUUCCGCACAAUGACUUCGGCCCUCGGAACGGCCUCGAAAAACAACACAUCUGAGCACUUCAAGGUCCAGUCAUUGACAGAAACAAACAGAAACCGCAUGGUAGAACCGUCGCUCUUCGGCGUUGAUGGCCUGACCGCUGUUGGGCAGCUGACCAGACAGUCGAAUGUUGAACAAACCAUGGUCGACGACGGUGCUGGCUAG